CCUGAAGUACAUACUCUUGUCAGAUAGAUGCGCGCUCUCACGUACACACACCGUGACCGGAGGAGAGAUUCCAUUUCCGAAGGUUGCGCACUGCUUUAUCCACCAACACCAUCAACCACCACGCCACCUGUUCGUACCAAAUUCAAUCAAUAAUCUGAUCCUCAAUUCUCAUUUCCUCUUCCUAUUGUACCUGAUAAUCGGAAGAGAGUCGUGUUGUUGCAUUUUGGCCGCCGCCGUGUUAAUUUAACGGAAGAGAGAUUACAUCAUUUUUCACCUUUACGCGUUGAUCUUAGCACCAAUGACUAGCGCUAGCGGUAACAAAUUAAUCACUGUCGAUCCUGAAGAGCUCAGGUUUCAAUUUGAGCUGGAGAAAGCAAGCCAUUGCGAUUUGAAAGUCUCUAAUGCCACAGACAAAUAUGUUGCCUUUAAGGUCAAAACUACUUCACCCAAGAAAUACUUUGUACGACCAAAUACUGGUGUUAUACAGCCCAGGGAUACAAGUGUCAUAAGAGUUACCCUUCAACCACAACUUGAGUACCCUCCAGAUAUGCUAUGCAAAGAUAAAUUUCUUCUACAAAGCACCCCUGUGCCCUCAAUCACUGACACUGAAGAGCUUCCUGCAAAUACUUUUAGUAAGGAACCUGGUAAACACUUAGAGGAAUGCAAGCUUAAGGUCGUCUAUAUCGCUCUUCAGGGGAAUAACAAUUCCGGUGAUGCUCCCAAACAGAAUUCCGAUCCAAACUCUAAUCAAGCAAUUCAGACUGCAAGAGCUGCUAGGGAUUCAGCUGUGAGAGAAGCAACCCAGCUGCAACAAGAACUGGAAAUGCUAAAGAAAAGGAACCAAAAACCAGCUCCAGCAGCAGCUGGAUUCUCGUUAAAACUGGCGAUAGUUGCUGGAAUCAUUGGGAUACUGGUUGGGUUUAUUUUAAAGCUGGCUAUGGCUUCACCUACAUCACCGCCGCCGCCAACACCACCAUCCCCUUCCAUAACAGACUAAUUCCGGUCACUCUUUCUUUUGAAAUCUACAAAACUGAUGGAUAAUGAUGAUGAUUUUUUUAAUUUUGUUUCUUCUUAAAAAAAACUUUGUCCAAAAGCUGAUUCGUUUAUCUUUUUUUAUUUUUCCUGUUAUAUUUGUACAUGGACCAUUGCAAAUUGCAACAUUGUUUGUUGGUACUUUUGUCAACACGUAAAUGAACGCCGGCUUUAUUGAGCUUAUCUUUUUGUAUGUCUAUUAUAUGCUA